AUGGCAGCUUCUUCUCAUGAGGCCUGUCAGGUAAAGACCUUGUUAUCAUCCAUGAUUGGCCUGAAAAAUGAUGUAGAAGCUUUUGACGAGGAGCUGGAGUUUUUGACUCAAGACUCAAAUCUCAAAACUAAUGGGUUUUCCCACUCUGAAAAAACUCAUGUUGUUAUUUUGUACUUUGAGCCAAGCACAUUUCGCUGUAUUCUCCUAAGAUGGGUCCGUCUUCUCGGUUUUGCUACUGUUUAUGGAACUGUCACUCUCAAGCUUCACAGGGUUUUGAAAGUGUUUCUUUCACGAACAGCCCAACGGAUUCCAUAUAUGACUGGUGGACGGGUCAUGAGGAUGCUCGCAGUAAUGCUCCUGGUAGUAUUUUGGUUUCUUGUUGGCUGGACUUCGUCUGUUUGCCAGAAUUUGGAGAGGCAGAUUUCACUUAUUGGCCAAGGGCAAACAUCUGAUCACCUCAUCUUCAAUAUGUGCCUCAUUGAGCGCUGGGAUUACAUGACAGCAGUUGCUGAAUUUUUAUUCCUCUUGUGGGGUGUUUAUCUCUGCUAUGCAGUGCGGACAGUGCCAUCAGCAUUUCAUGAGCCACGCUAUAUGGCUGUCGCAGUUCACAAUGAGCUCAUUAUCUCUGCUAUAUUCCAUACAAUUAGAUUCGUUCUUGCCUCAAGACUUCAGUCUGAUUGGAUGCUAAUGCUGUAUUUUGCACAUACUCAUUUGACUGUGACAGUCACCAUUGGGUUGCUUCUGAUUCCAAAGUUUUCACAUUCAAGCAAUAACCCACGAGAUGACAUUGCUACAGAAGCAUAUGAAGAUGAGCUAGAUAUGGGCCGGUCUGGAUCCUACCUGAACAGCAGUAUCAAUUCAGCAUGGAGCGAGCACAGCUUAGACCCAGAAGACAUUCGGGAUGAGCUGAAGAAACUCUAUGCCCAGUUGGAAAUAUAUAAACGGAAGAAGAUGAUUACAAAUAACCCCCACCUCCAGAAAAAACGGUGCUCCAAGAAGGGCUUGGGCCGUUCGAUCAUGAGGCGUAUCACCGAGAUCCCAGAGACGGUCAGCAGGCAGUGCUCCAAAGAGGACAAGGAAGUCACAGACCAUGGCACAGCCAAAAGCACUGCCCAGGUCAGGAAGAACCCACAAGAGUCUUCAGGUAACACUGGGAAGCCCAAGGAAGAAUCCCUGAAAAACCGAGUCUUCUCACUGAAGAAGUCCCACAGCACUUAUGAUCACGUGAGGGAGCACACGGAAGAGUCCAACAGCUUACCAGGGGAAAGCCAAGAAGAGGAGGCUACAGAGCAUUCCACACUGGAGUCUCUGUCAAGUAAAAAAAUAACACAAAAACUGAAAGAAAACAGUGAGGCUGAGUCCACAGAGUCGGUGCCUUUGGUGUGUAAGUCAGCAAGCGCUCACAAUCUCAGCUCAGAGAAGAAGCAGGGACACCCACGAACAUCCAUGUUGCAAAAGUCUCUCAGUGUCAUAGCAAGUGCCAAGGAGAAGACUCUUGGAUUAGCUGGAAAAUCCCAAACAGCAGGCAUGGAAGAACGUGCUAAAUCCCAGAAACCUCUGCCAAAAGAUAAAGAAACAAACAGAAAAUACUCCAAUUCAGAUAAUGCAGAGACUAAAGAGUCUGCCCCCCAAAACUCCAAUCAUUUGGAGGAGCCAAGAAAACCUCCGAAAUCUGGGAUUAUGAAGCAACAAAGGAUUAAUCCGGCCACUGCCAAUUCUGAGAUGAGCCCAGGCACCACCCAGAUGAAGAACAACUUUGACAUAGGGGAAGUGUGCCCUUGGGAGAUUUACGACCUGGCCCCUGGUCCCGUGCCUUCAGAAUCAAAAGUUCAGAAACACGUAUCUAUUGCAGCUUCUGAAAUGGAGAAGAACCCAACUUUCUCCUUAAAGGAGAAAUCUCAUCAGAAGCCUAAGGCAGCUGAACUAUGUCAGCAAACCAAUCAGAAGAGCAUAGACAAGGCUGAGGUAUGCCCUUGGGAGAGCCAAGGUCAGCCUGUUUUGGAAGAUGAGAAGCAUUUUAUUUCCAAGACUCAGGGUCCCCCAGGGAGAGCUAAAGAUGAGAACGGCGGUCAGUGUCACGCGACAAAUGUGUGUGCUGGGCAAUACGAAGAACUGCUCCCCAAAGCCGUAGCAUCAAAAGUAGAGAAUGAAAAUCUCAAUCAAAUGGGAAACCAGGAACAAAAGACAUCUUCCCCUGAAGAAUAUGUGCCUGGCUUCUAUAACUCAAGUAAUAACUUUCAGCAACCCUUAACAUCGCGAGCUGAGGUGUGUCCUUGGGAGUUUGAGACCCCAGAUGGACCAAAUGCUGAAAGAAGUGCUUUACCUGCUGCCUCUUCCACUUUAAGUGCAAAUAAGAUAGCAGGGCCUCGGAAAUAAGAGGUCUGGGAUUUUUAGGGUGUAGCAUCCCCGGAAAGAAAAGGAAAAAGAAGAAACCCUGAAUUCCACAGAAGAUAGAAAUUCCCAAAGAAUAUUUGUCAGUCCAGGGAAAUGGGAAAGACAAGGGCGGAAGAAGAGCUGGAGGGCAGAGCAGCAUCACAAGGGAGGAAUUAGACUGGCCGAUAGAAGUCUUUCCCCUGAGGACAUGAGAGAAUCCUUACAUUUCAGCAAGCAGGGGGAGUGGCCCUCACUGUCUGCCCCUGAUCAGUAUUUACCCAUGGCUCUUUGAAGAUCCUAAACAAGGCAAGCCAGAAGACACAGAAGAAGCAUGAGAUUGUGCAAAGAAGAAGAAGGUAUAGACGUAUAUGACCGAAAUUCUAAGUAGCUAACUGAACUCACUUUACGUAUUUAACCUUGAUAGCACUGCUAACUUAAUGCAUCCCCCAAAAUACCUUUUAUAUUAAUGAUUGCUCUCAUUUUCUUAUAAAUGUAUGUUUCAGUACAUUGUUGUGUCUCAUAUUCAAGCAUUCCAAAUUGUAUAACUUUUGCAAAUAACUUUGAUAUUGUGUGACACAACACAUUUAUGCAAUCUGCAGCUACUCAGUUGUUCUCGCAAGUUACAGAAUACCUGCUAUCUAUCAACUUUAGUUGAUUCUUGAAGUACAGUGAGCUUUCUCUGGCUUGGGAAGCCGUAACUGUUAUGAUAAACCCUUUUCGUUCUGGCUGUGGUUUAUAUAUAUUGUGAAUUUGGAUUUGACUCUAUUGUUUCACCUCAUGGUUUGUUAUACUGUCUUAAUCAGGGUUUUUUAUACAAGUUGAGUUACUUGUUUUGCACUUCUCGUUAGGACUCCGAGAUCCAGAGGUCCUACUUUAGUCAUAUGUCUCAAUAAAGGACAACUUACCUAUUGUUUGUUCAGAGUCAGAGACAGGUAACGCCUUCAUUCCAAUCUAUCGUCCCUUUUAACUCUUUUCAGUAUUUCAUACUUAGCAGCAUUUCGUAAGGAAGAAGCUAAGAGUGAGAAACAUAUACUGCGCAUUAGUAUCACCACCGAAAGGGAAGACUCUAGGAAUGACAUGGGAAUUACAACAGUAAUUCUCUUCCCUGCAGAGCCAGGGAAUUUGCCUUUCAAAACACAGACAGAAAGGGAGCUACUGAUAGCACUUUCAAGGGAAUAUUUUUUUAAAGAGAAAAAUUAUGAUAGCAUCAAGAUCAUUGUAGGGAUAUAUUUUUAUUAUGCAUACUGAAUAUAUAUUUUAAAUUACCUCCAACUACUUAUUCUCAUAAACUCUUACUCAUUGCUUCAGCUAGAGUUAGCACUUGCUGGGCCUAAAUCCCAAAGAGGUUUAUAACCUGAUUUAUUCAAAGCCUGUAAGGUGGUUACAGGCUCUUCAUUCUCCCGAGCACUGGAAAACUUACAAGUCCUGCAAAUUGCCCUUGUGAGCCACCUCGCUCAAAAUUUAAAAUGCCAGGUUUAUAUGCAGAGCAAAACAGCUCCCAGAGCAAAAUUUGAAAAACUUACUGCCUUCCACGCUGACCACUUGACAUGGAAAUCCUAAGCUGCUGACUUAGCCCUACUGACGUGAUCAUGAGAAGAGAUUCCGAUCUGAAGCUCAGUCUCCUCAUAGAUAAAGAUGAAUUACUUAGAAAUAGAAUGCAGACUUCCCUUUCUCUCUAUGCUAAACGCUGGAGUAUCUACGGCUUAUUUGGCCAGGACAUUUCCAGCCUAAGUAACUUUUCAUAUCAUGAACAGUAAGGAGAACAUGCUAGGAGGAUGAAAGAUGAGAAAAGAGAAUCAGAAGGGAGAUACGGGGCUCUUCAGAGAGAAUAUCAUUCUCAGUGGAAGGUAGAAACUAGGACUUUUCCUUAUUCAUCACCAAAAUUUUUUCAACGAUUUUUAUUCAGGAGUCAAUGAGCACAUCACCAUUUUGCAAAGCUGUGCAUAAAUCCUCCUCACCCAUUUACUCACUUCGUGCAUUACUCAGGUUGGUGGGGUAGGUUUGAAGAGAUAUAGAGAUUCUAUUUUUCUGCAUUUCCUUCAUUUUUUCCUUCUUUUCUUCCUUUUCAGUCAAGGCCUAUGUAUUCGGUAACCUUGGAAUACAACUUUAAAGUAUAUUUGUGAACUUGGAUAGGAAUUCCCAGGUCCACCUGCUUGUUUCGUUUAUGUUCAAGGUCUGUGAGCACUUUAUUCACAUUUUGAGACAUAAGCAGUCAAGCAUCAGUGACUUUUUAUUGCACUUCAGGAUGAUCCUGCUAGAGAUGUGGCUUAAAGAAGACUUGCCAAAUUAUACCUUAGUGACAGUCUACAGUCCAUAGAUUUUUCUCCACCAGCAUAAAUCAGUGAGAGUGCCUAGGGUCUUUCCUAGAGUUUCAUUGCCAUUGCUUAUCACCAAGAGAAGUUUAAAUCUAUAAUUCCUGAGGUUAUUUUCCUAAAUCGAUAACAGUAAGAAAGUGAAUAAACACUGUUAAGGUCACAAACAUUUGCUAGGUUGUCCUUCUCAAUGCAUGUGCAGGCUGCAUCCUGUCCUUGUUUUUAAGCCAGGGUUUAUAAAUAAGUAGAUUUAUACCAAUCUUAAUAGAACUGUAUAUUUUAUGCAAGAAUUAAAUGCUUUACGACAUGAAUUAUAUAACUCAGCCCAUUGUAAACUUUGGUGGCAACUUGGAUUUGAAACUCGACAGUUCUCUUGUAUUUGCUUCCUAGGUUUCUGCAUGCAAGUGGUGACAGGUAGGACUGGAAAACACUGCCUUUUGAUGUCUAGCAUUUAGCAACCGAGAGUCGUAGAGUCAAUAAAGCUGUAAGUCUCUUCACUUAAUCUGUGGUUCUUCUGAAACUAUUAUCUGAAACCUACAGCAUCCCACCAUGAAAUAUUUGGUAAAUUUAUGUCGUGAUGUGUUACAGCAUGUAAAUAAUUAUAACUUCUCUGCAAUAAAACAUAUUUAUAUGAAA